AUGAUUGUUCUAAAAUGGUUAUUCCUCACAAUUUCUCCUUGUGAUGCAGCGGAACCAUGGCAAUUAGGAUCUCAAGACGCAGCUACACCUAUAAUGCAAGGAAUAAUAGACUUACAUCACGAUAUCUUUUUCUUCCUCAUUGUGAUUUUGGUUUUCGUAUUAUGGAUCUUGGUUCGCGCUUUAUGGCAUUUCCACUAUAAAGAAAAUGCAAUCCCGCAAAGGAUUGUUCAUGGAACUACUAUCGAGAUUCUUCGGACCAUCUUUCCUAGUCUCAUCUCGAUGUUCAUUGCUAUACCAUCAUUUGCUCUCUUAUACUCAAUGGACGAGGUAGUAGUAGAUCCAGCCAUUACUAUUAAAGCUAUUGGACAUCAAUGGUAUCGGACUUAUGAGUAUUCUGACUAUAACAGUUCCGAUGAGCAGUCACUCACUUUUGACAGUUAUAUGAUUCCAGAAGAAGAUCUAGAAUUGGGUCAAUCACGUUUAUUAGAAGUGGACAAUAGAGUGGUUGUACCAGCCAAAACUCAUCUACGUAUUAUUGUAACAUCUGCUGAUGUACCUCAUAGUUGGGCUGUACCUUCCUCAGGUGUCAAAUGUGAUGCUGUACCUGGUCGUUUAAAUCAAAUCUCUAUUUUGGUACAACGAGAAGGAGUUUACUAUGGUCAGUGCAGUGAGAUUUGCGGAACUAAUCAUGCCUUUACGCGUGCGCCCGGAAACAUAGGCCGACUGUUGAGCCCACUCUGGCUCAGCCGCACCACCCGGGGGUGCGAGCCACCCGAGAAGCAAGCUAUUACAGCGAGCGGCUGGAGCUGUAGGGAGCCGAGGAGCAAGGCAGUAGAUAAGAUAGAAGAAGGGGCCAGGCACCCGGUGGAGCAGAGGGGACGGUCAUGCGAAGGGGGCCAGUCCAAGAUCGUACUGUUCCUCUACAAAGAUAAUAGACGCUCUCAACGGCUAGGCGCCACUCUCUUUCUGAGUGAUUCCAGCUUCUUCAUGAUUUCGUGCCGCGGUGAACAAACAAAAAAAAGAGGGCCGUCUCAGCGGAAGGAGAAGGACCUGCAACGGCAGAGACUACUGACCCUCUUCUUGUUCUUAGCCGUCUAUUACGAGUCCGGGAAGCCUGGAAUCAUCAAUAUGAGGGAUCCAGAAGGGGGGCAGGGCUUCCGUAAGGUUUUUGAUCCCCUCUUCCCGGUCAAGAUAGAUGGGAAAGGAGUCCUAUCAAGUAAAGGCCAUAACCAGCUGAUCUUGCUGCUCGCUUUCUCGCUUCCGAGAGGUGCUUUAGCAACUCGACUGAAAGGAGAGGGCCGAAGGCGCCUGACUUACGGUUUCAAAGCCUGGCGCGAAGCGAAGGGAUUGGAUUUCACCUAUGAUCAGAUUAGUGGGCAACCAUUGUUGACUUUUUUCGUGGUGUUGUUGACGUUGUUGAAAGCGAAUUUCGAAGUAGGCCUUGCUUUUUCUCCGCUGGGAGCAGCUCACACUAUGGUGGAGGAGGUGCCGUGA